CGCAAACUUGACCAUCUUGGACGAUGCGCUCACCGGGCAGUGGGCCUGGCAGCUCUUUUCUGAGCUAUUCGCAUGAGGACGCCGAUGCCGUUCAAGCUCGCGAGACGCCAUAGCGUGCGCUCAGCUGUGCCUGUGAUCCGGUCUGAUACCCAAGUCCUGCCGGCCUCCUCUCUAUAAAUUCAACGACCUGUGGUGCUGCUUGAUAUCGGAACCGGUGAACCCCCCCUGCUUUGCAUCGACUUGUAUGGCCAUGGUUCACACGAACGGACACCACGCUCAGUCCCCAGUCGAGUUUAUUUUCUUGGGCACUGGGACGUCUUCCACAAUCCCUCACGUCGAUUGUCUUACCGCGCCGCCUGAUGCGAUUCCUUGUCGCACAUGUCUUUCGACACUUACUCCGGAGGGCCAGAAGAACAGAAGACGCAACACAUCUGCUGCUGUGAGGCUUCGCGGUCGUGACUCCCAGAGCGUAACUAUCAUCAUCGACGUCGGGAAGAGCUUCCAGUCCGCAGCCGUGGAAUGGUUCCCCAAGUUCGGCCUACGCCGUAUAGAUGCUGUGCUUAUCACACAUGCACAUGCUGAUGCUAUGAACGGCUUAGAUGAUUUGCGAGGAUGGACUUUGCACGGCGCGAUACAACCCCACAUUGACAUCUAUGUCUCGAUGGCAACAUUCAAGGAGGUGCAGCGUGCCUUCCCGUAUCUGGUAUCGAAGGAGUUCGCGUCAGGUGGAGGGGAUGUCCCUGAAUUUAAGUGGCACAUCAUCGAGGACCGUGUUCCCUUCGAGAUAGGUGACACUGGCAUUCGGAUUCUGCCGUUUGCAGUCCACCACGGGCGGAUGUUCUCAUCGGCACCUCCCCUGGAUAUGUCAAUUAGCCCGUAUUCUAUUUCACCAGCAUCCACCAACCCGUCCACGCCCAACGUGCCGGGCACUCCCAUCCACAGUGGAUGCCUUCCCACGGAGCCCACCAAACGUGUGCUUCCAUACCUAUGCUUCGGCUUCGUAAUCCAAGACGCGGUGACCUACGUUUCGGAUGUGUCACACAUCCCGGAAGAUGUGUGGACGUUGCUGCAGGGGCAGCCGAAAAUACCUCCGGUGUUCGUGCUCGACUGCCUGCGCAUCCAGCCACACACGUCACACCUUAGCAUCACGGAGUCUGUCGAGAUCGCGAGACGCAUGAAUGCCAAGCGCACAUACUUGCUUGGAUUUGGCCACGAAAUGCCGUACAGCGACUGGCUGGCGAUCACCGAGGCGGCGGGAGGCAAAGAGCUGGAAGGAGAGGAGCUGGCCUUGAUACAAGAACACAGGCUGGAGAGCGUGCGGGAAGGUGAACCCAUAUGGGUACGUCCAGCCUUUGACGGACUGCGCGUGUUCGUAAGUAUAGAUGGGUCGGUUCGAGACGAGGAGUGUAUGUGAUCUGGUGGUGGCUGGAUCGACUUCAUACUCUCGUCAUUUGUAUGAUAGAACGUUAGAUUCGCGCAACGCGUGUUAAUUGUUCUGGCGCAGAAGUUGCACGGCACAGUGAGGAGAAGUUGCGCGG